AGGGGGUUCCCGGUCCAACAGGUAAUUUCACUUUAAAAAAAAAAAAAAAACGAACGGCUGAGAUAUCCAUUGUACGUGGUCAGUUCUGGUCUCAUCUGCCAUGUACAAGCUACUACCAACACGCCCCCGCACCCCAUAGAUAUUCUUCUCUUCUAGUUCUGUCGAUCUCCUCACGGCAGUCUUCCUUCAUCACCAUCAUCAUUAUAUAUAUAUAUAUAUAUAUAUUAUUUAUAGGCUCUUACUUGUUUGGUGUUUGCGUCAGAGAGCGAGAGAGAGAGAGCGAGAGAGGAAUUUGCUUUUGUUCUUUCUUCUAUUUGGGCGUUAAGAGUUUUUUCUGAGGUGGGUUUUCUGCUGCGUUGUGUUCGUGCUGUGUGGGGAUCUUAAUUUCUGAGAUCACAGAAAAACAGAAAUGGCUUCGUGCUCUUUGUCGUCAAUGGGGUUAUUGGAUGAUGAGGAGGAGAAACCUCAUGUGCUGGCCGUCGAUGACAGUCUCGUCGACCGCAAACUCCUCGAAAAGCUCCUCACCAACUCUUCUUGCGAAGUGACAACAGCGGAGAGUGGGCAUAGGGCAUUAGAACUGUUGGGCCUCGGAGAUCAUGCCCAGCACGUAUCGCAGAAUAACGGUACAAAGGUAAACUUGAUAAUUACUGAUUAUUGUAUGCCUGGAAUGACAGGAUAUGAUCUGCUUAAAAAAAUUAAGGAAUCAUCCACCAUGAGAGAGAUACCAGUAGUGAUUGUUUCAUCUGAAAACGUUCCCACAAGAAUCAAAAAGUGCUUGGAGGAGGGAGCGCAAGAGUUCAUGCUCAAGCCUCUAAAGCAAUCGGAUGUGAAGAAGUUGAGAUGUCACAUUAUGAAUUUGGGCAACCGGGGAACUCUUUGCAUGGGAAGGUAAACGAAGCCCCCCACUUGUUACAGUGAAAGAGAACAUGCACUAAAAGGAUCAGCCAAGGCCACAGGAGAAAAGAAAUCAAACAACACAUCAAAACCUUUUAACAAGAACAUUGUGAGAUAGAUGUAUUGAAAACCCUUUGUAUACGAUCCUUACAUCAUAAAUCUUGUUUACAUUUUAAAUUUUUUUAUUAUGCAGUUAACCAACAGUAGUGGGUUGUAUUUUGCUCAGACAAUUAGCUUUUGCUCUUCCUUUAUGUUCAGAGUAAAUCUGUAAGCUUUUUCAUUAAGAGGGGGCAGGACCCUUCAUGUUAUCUCAUGUGUUUGUAUGCUAUUCGAACCCUUUGGUUGCUUUAAGAAGUUCGAAACAACUGAAAUUACAAGCCAA